UCGCGCAUCGGCCUUGUUUCCUUCACCGGUCCGGAGAGUGAAAUGAUCCAAUCCUCGAACUCGAAUCGAUCUAACCGCAGCAGCCUUCCCUUUGCUCUCUGCUUUAGACUGAGAGUCUCUCCUCCUCCUCCUCCUCCUCCUAUGCAGUUUUAUGGCUGCAUGAUUCUUUUCUCUAUCCGCUUUCUUAUCUGAAAUGAAACCAACGAUGGCAGUUCUGUUGCAUACUGCCUAGGUAUUUGGUUCGUGAGGCCAUAUGUAGCCGUUGUUGGCGGCUAUGGUCAGUGUGAUGCUGACACCUUAAUCAAUUACCAAAAUUUGAGCGCCUUACCUAACUCAGGAUGAAUUGAAGGCGGAAUUGUGUCGUGGGCGCAUAUUCUGAUGUGAUAAGAGGUAUUUUUAAAUGACUGGCAUUUCCUAUUGAAUACUGGAAAUUUACCCAUGGAGAUAGAUCUUGAGCUGCCAACAUGUGAUCAGGGGAAGUCAGAAUUUGGAUCCUUUGGAAAAGGGGUGGCCGAUUCUGCAUGUGAUAUGCAUAUUGAGGAGCAACAAUGUACUGAUUGUCCAACAGUGACUGAACACUAUGAGGAAGUCUCUUGUGGAAGUGCUUUGUCUUGUCCGGAGCAGGUGUAUGCUAUUAAUAAAAAUCCUAUAAAGGAGCCUCAGAAUGGCUUGGAAUUUGAAUCAAAGGAGCAAGCUUAUUUUUUCUACAGAGAAUAUGCUCGCUCUGUGGGAUUUGGUAUCACAAUAAAAGCCAGUCGGCGCUCAAAAAAGUCUGGUAUGUUUAUUGACAUUAAAAUUGCUUGUUCCAGGUUUGGAAGCAAGCGUGAGUCUGGUACAACUGUUAAUCCACGAUCAUGUAUAAAAACAAACUGUAAGGCUGGUUUGCAUUUGAAAAAGAAGCCAGAUGGUAAAUGGAUUAUAUAUAGUAUUGUGAAGGAGCAUAACCAUGAGAUCUGUCCAGAUGAUUUUCUCAGGGGACGGCAAAAACAGCCCAGUGAUGCAGCUUGUCCAAAGAAGGGUUUACAGUUGGCACUGGAUGAGGAAGAUGCUCGAGUGAUGAUUGAAUAUUUUUUGUCCAUGCAAAAUGAUAAUCCCAACUUCUUCUAUGCUAUAGACCUGGACCAUAAUAAGUGUUUGAGAAAUGUGUUUUGGGUUGAUUCAAAGGGUCGGCUUGAUUAUCAGAAUUUCAAUGAUGUUGUUUUCAUUGACACUUUUUACUUGCAAAACAAAUAUAAAAUUCCAUUUGUUCCUAUUGUGGGAGUCAAUCAUCACUUUCAGUACAUUUUGCUUGGAUGUGCUCUGAUUGGGGAGGUGACUACUUCUGCUUUUGUAUGGCUAUUGGAGGCAUGGCUCAAAGCAAUGAGUAGCCUAGCACCAAAAGCAAUUAUCACAGACCAAGAAAACUUCUUGAAAGAAGCCAUUGUAGAAAUGUUGCCACAUACACAUCAUUUUUUCUGUAUAUGGCACAUCUCAAAAAAAAUUACUGAAAAUUUGGGUUAUAUGAUAGAUCAAAAUAGUAAUUUUAUGAAAAAAUUCAGGAAAUGUGUUCAUGACUCUUUGUUUGAUGAGCAGUUUGAAAAGAGAUGGCGGAAACUGAUCAAUAGAUUUGAACUAAAGGACAAUGGAUUGGUUCAAUCAUUGUUUGAGGAUCGUAAAAAGUGGGUUCCAACAUACAUGCAGAAUGUUUUUUUGGCUGGAAUGUCCACAGCUGAGAGGUCUAAAAGUAUAGUCUCAUACUAUGACAAGUAUGUUUGUGUUGAUUAUACAUUUAAUGACUUUAUUGAACAAUAUAAAGUUUUCUGUUCAGAGAGAUUGGACAUGGAAACCAUAGCAGACUUUGAAACUAGCGAAAAGCAGCCUGCAUUAAGAUCCCUAUUAUCUUUUGAGAAGCAGCUCUUGGUGAUUUACACAGAUGCCAUUUUUAGAAAAUUUCAAUCAGAGAUAUUGGGAGUGAUGUCUUGCCGCCUUCUAAAGGAAAGAGAAGACAGUGCCAGUGUAACUUUUCGAGUUGAGGAUUUGGAAGUAAAAAAGAAAUUCAUUGUGUCUUGGAAAGAAUCAGAGUUGAAUGUUUGUUGUUCAUGUCAUUUAUUUGAGUACAAGGGUUUUCUAUGUAGACAUGCAAUGCUUGUCAUGCAGAUUUCUGGUUUAACAAACAUUCCAUCCCAUUAUAUUUUAAAACGAUGGACAAGAGAUGCAAAGGCGAAUCAACUUGUGGGUGUUGAUACAAGCCGCAGGCUUGCUGACAGAGUGCAACGUUUUAAUGAUCUAUGUAGGAGGGCUAUUAUACUAAGUGAAAUUGGGUCUUUAUCUCCGGAUACUUACCAAGUUGCAUUUCAGGCACUGGAGGAAGUUUAUAAAAACUGUGUGAUUGCAAAUAAUUCGGUAAAAAGCAUAUUGGAACCCAACACCUCGGUACUUAAUGGUGCUGUUGAUGUUGAAGGGGAGAAUUAUCUCAGCCAUACGACCAAGACAACUAAGAAAAGGAAGUCAUAUAAUAAAAGGGGACGCUCUGAACCUGAAAGAACAAAUAUGAUGAUGCUGGAUGCCUUUCAAAAGAGGGAUCAAGUAAAUACAAGAGCACACAACUUUGAUAACUGUUACAUUCCAAGACAGGACACGCACACAGUGGGUCAAUUGCAUUCUGUGCCAAGCCGUAGUCACCAUUACAGGAUGCAGCAGAGCAUUCAAGGACUGCUGCAGGGACAACUCAGUCUUUCAACUUCAACAAUUCAUCAUCAUGCUUCUUUUGAUCUUCAAGAAAAUCUGGAUGAUAUGAUUAACAAAAAUAGUAAACCGCCAUUGAACCCCAUCGAAGACACCAAUCCCCAGCAACACCAUCAUCCAUCAACAACACAAAUUGAAAAUUCUUUCAAAGCAACAACAACAAUCGUACGAUGAAGCAGUCAGAGAUGAUGAAUUGAAGAUUUAGUUGGAGAUUUGGUUGCUAUUGCUGUUGAAGAUUUGGAUGAGCCUAGAGAUCUGGACAAAGUCGAAGACGAAGAUGAAUGAGAAUGAAGCAAACAAGAGAGAGAGAUGUUGAAGAUGGAGAAGAAUGGAGUGAAGAGGUGAGAUUUGGUCACUGUUGCUGUUGGAGAUCUGGACGGAGUCAAAGUCGAAGAAAAAUGAAGCGAAGAGGAAGAGUUGCCACUACCACCAUCUUUGCCACGCACAGUAGACGAUAGAUAAUUGUUGCUGGUAUCUUCCUUGUUUUGUGAUCUGGCAUCUGGUGAUGAUGAGAGAUGAGAAGGAAGUUGUUUUGUCGGUCCGGUGAUCAGGGGAGACAAGGAGUCUAGAAACAAGAAGGGAAAAAAUGAUACAAAUUUGGCUUCCAUGGAAUUUUUCACAAUUCCAUGGAUCAACAAAUGGAAUUUAUUUUUGUUAUUUUUAUUGAAUUGAAUUCCACAUGGAAUUAAGA